AUGGGGCACUCAGAAUGGGAUCACAAACGAGGACCCAGAGGCUCACAGUCUUCUGGUACCAGUAUCACAGUGGAUAUCGCUGUCAUGGGAGAAGCACAUGGGCUCAUUACAGACCUUCUGGCAGAUCCUUCACUGCCCCCCAACGUGUGUACUUCGCUGAGAACAGUGAGCAACCUGCUUAAUACACAGUUAACCUUCCAAGCUAUCCACAAGCCAAGGGUGAACCCUUUGGUGUCCUUCAGUGAGAACUACACCUGCUCGGACUCAGAGGAAUGUGCAGAGAAAGGAGAGAAACUGGCUGUUCCCAAGCGCUUACGGAGGAGUUUGCCUCCAGGACUGCUGAGACGAGUGUCCUCGACUUGGACCACAACAACUUCAGCCACAGGACUGCCCACACUGGAGCCAGCUCCAGUGAGAAGGGAUCGCAGUGCCAGCAUCAAACCUCAUGAAUCAUCUUCAUCCAGCACUGACUCCUGGAACAGCUCAAUUCUGAUGACAAUCACGAAGAGCAGGUCCUUCUCCACCUCCUAUGCCAUGUCCUCUACCAACCACCUGAAUGCCAAAAGGCAGAACCGGCAAGGUAUCCCACCAAACAUUUCACCUCUUACCUCCCCAUGCCAUUCACCAAUUCAGGGGACGCCUGCCACAAGUCCUACCGGAAAAACACCUUCUGUGUCAUUUCCAGACUCCACAGAUACUGACACCAAGCAGGGCUUAAAGCCACACAAAGUCUUAACUUCUACUCAGAGUGCACCCAGCCUGUCAGACCCUAUUAUCAGCCCCUCUGUCAUCUGCAGCAGCUGUGGCAGACCCUAUAACCAAAUAGAAGCUGGUGAUGGGACACUAGAUAGAAAUGAUGGUACCACACACACCCUGAACAGAACAGAUGAUCCUGCACAAGCCACUUCUGACUACGAGACCAACAACAGCGACAGCAGCGAUAUUGUACAAAACGAUGAUGAGACAGAUUGCUCCAAAGAGCAGGGGCAGAAGGGAUCCGUCUGUAGGACGUACACACCUGAGACCAUCAUUCUGCAUCCCUUGAUACCACCUGAGGACAAGCCUAUACUUGCUCCUGAGCCUCUGGUUAUGGACAACUUGGAUCCCCUGAUGGAGCAGCUAAAUAGUUGGAACUUCCCAAUCUUUGAUUUGGUGGAAAAAAUUGGAAAGAAAUGUGGUCGGAUUCUCAGUCAGGUAUCAUACCGACUUUUUGAAGAUAUGGGGCUGUUUGAAACCUUUAAAAUACCAGUGAGGGAAUUUAUGAACUACUUUCAUGCCUUGGAAUGUGGGUACCGAGAGAUACCUUAUCACAACCGAAUCCAUGCGACUGAUGUCCUACAUGCCGUUUGGUACCUCACCACUCAGCCCAUCCCAGGACUCCCCACGGUGGUUAAUGAUCACGGGUCAGCCAGCGAUUCAGAUUCUGACAGUGGAAUCACUCAUGGCCAUAUGGGUUAUGUAUUUUCGAAGACAUACACUCCUACAGAUGACAGCUAUGGAUGCCUAGCUGGCAACAUCCCUGCUCUUGAGUUGAUGGCUCUUUAUGUAGCUGCAGCCAUGCAUGAUUAUGAUCAUCCAGGAAGGACCAAUGCCUUUUUGGUAGCAACAAGCGCUCCUCAGGCAGUGCUCUACAACGACCGCUCCGUUCUGGAGAACCACCAUGCUGCUGCUGCAUGGAACCUCUUCAUGUCAAGGCCAGAGUACAACUUCCUGGUCAACCUGGACCACGUGGAAUUCAAACAUUUCCGCUUCCUUGUCAUCGAGGCAAUUUUAGCUACUGACCUGAAGAAACACUUUGAUUUUGUUGCCAAAUUCAAUGCCAAGGUGAAUGAUGAUGUUGGAAUUGACUGGACUAAUGAGAACGACCGCUUGCUGGUUUGCCAAAUGUGCAUCAAACUGGCUGACAUAAAUGGGCCUGCAAAAUGCAAAGAUUUACAUCUGCAGUGGACAGAAGGCAUUGUCAAUGAGUUUUAUGAACAGGGUGAUGAAGAGGCCAGCCUGGGCUUGCCAAUCAGUCCCUUCAUGGAUCGCUCUGCUCCUCAGCUGGCACACCUCCAGGAAUCUUUCAUCACUCACAUUGUGGGACCACUAUGUAACUCCUAUGACUCAGCAGGGCUGAUGCCAGGAAAAUGGAUAGAAGAUAGUGAUGAAUCAGGAGACACUGAUGAGCACGAAGAGGAAGAAACAGCAGAAAUGGAAAGUUGUGAAAACGCAGAAUCCAGAAAGAAGAAGUUCAAGAGAAGGAAAAUCUACUGUCAGAUCACUCAGCACCUGCUCCAGAACCAUAAAAUGUGGAAGCAAGUAAUCGAGGACGAGGAGAGGUUAGCUGGGACAGAGAAGCAGGGUGUGGAGCAGUCCACGCUGCACCAGUCUUCAGAACAAAUCCAAGCCAUCAGGGAAGAGGAGGAGGAGAAAGGGAAGCCGAAGAGGGAUGAAGAGGAGAACACAACUGUAGAACCAAACCAAUGACAAUAUUUACAGCAGUAUUUUAAGACAGAUUGACUCGUGCACAGACUCUUUCUCAAGCCAGCACAGCAUUUAGACACAACACUGUAGAAGUACGGGAUAAUGCGCCUACAGCUGUUUAAUUUGUUUCUCUUUCCUUUUUAUGGUGAGGUACAUUGUUUAAACUCCUAUGCUCAAGGAAGCUUUCACACUGCGACACCGGCUUUUCCAGACUUUCUUUAAAGAGAUUUGGGGGUGGGUGGAAUUAUAUAAAUAUAUAUAUAGCCAGGG